AUGUCUGCGCGCUCUCGCCUCGUGACCAAAGACGAGGAACUCGGCAAGCGCGACGAUGACUUCAAACCGCGCCAUUCCUCUUCGACGGCAUCGCUUUCGAGUAUCCUGCCCUGGCGAUGGCGCAAGAGACGACUCCUUCUCGUCGCGGGCGUGAUCUUUGUGAUUUACAUGUUCACUCAGCAGCUACCGACGGACAUCAUAUCGAUACGCAUCAACACGGGAGGACGACAUGCUGCGGGCAAUACACAGCCAUCCUAUGAUCCAUAUGCUGCCGUGGCACAUCAAGAGCCGGCCGGCGCACCUCCGCGAGACAAGAGCAAAGAAAAUGAGGAGGCUUCCAAACAUUACUACAAUGGAAUCGUGCGCUUCUACAAGCUCGCGCAGAGCCUACAUAAGAUCUCGCGGACGUAUGGAAAUCUGGCGCAAAAUCGCAACGUUCUAUGGGCAGCAUCGUCGCUCAAGAGCGCGGCGAAUCUCAUGCCAAUGGCUUGCGAGAUGGCUAAAGUAGACCGAACUCAUGUCCAUCUGGCAAUCUUCGGACGCAGUACACUUGCUCUGGAAGAAAUCUUGGCGCUGAAUGGCGUAGAUGAGGGCGAAUGUAAGGUCUAUUUCCACGAUGCGCGGGGCGACUAUGCCGACUACAGCAGCGAUGCUCGCGCCGAAUCAGCUACAAAAGGCGCCAUGAACCACAUCAACGACUUCAUGCAUCCGCAGGUCGUGAUCAUGGACGAUAGCGCUAGAGAGGAUGCCUUCUUCACCAAGGCUAUGCGCACUAAAGCGAAGGAGUUUGGUAAAUCGUUAAUUGAAGUCCCGGGCGGAAGAUACGAGCAAUUCCUGUGGAUAACGAGACUUGAAGCCGGCAGUCUCGCGAGCUGGUUCAAACCGAAUGUCGAAAUUGUCAUUCAUGCGCCGCCCGGCACUUCUGGUAGUCUAAUUCGACUGCUGCAAAGCAUGUACAAUGCAGACUAUCAUGGUCUGAAGGUGCCAAAGCUCACAAUCGAACUCCCGUCCAAGGUCGAGCCGGCGUUGAGCAAAUACCUGUCUGACUUCCAGUGGCCGCCGAGAAAAGGUCCGAUGCAAGCCGACUCUCUCAGCAUACGACACCGGAUUCCGUCUUCUCAAAUAACUUCGGAGCAGGCUUCAAUCCGGUUUGCAGAAUCAUUCUAUCCGAGCAACCCACAAGAUGACCACAUCUUGAUGCUCUCACCACAAGUGGAGCUCAAUCCCCUAUACGCGCAAUAUUUGCACUUCGCCAUCUUGGAGUAUCAUUAUGCAGCUUGGGGAACGUCGGGUGGACACGAACUACUCGGCAUCUCGUUGGACGUGCCUACGACACACUUGAAUAACAAUACCGCGCUCAAGCGUCCCAGUAUCUCGGAUAUGGGAUCCAACAAAUAUGCCGAUGAUACUGCCAAUGACCCAGCAGCGGCUGCGCCCUUCUUGUACCAAGCAACGUCUUCUACCGCGAAUCUUAUCUUUGGCGACAGGUGGACCGUUUUCCACGACUUCCUCACGAAGCGGACACAGGCGUCGCAUAGUGGCAAGAAGAGCAAAACAGAAAAGCUGGUUCCAGAGACAGAGCCUGCUUGGGUGGAAUUUCUACUGGAGCUUACGAGAGCCAGAGGUUGGAGCAUGCUACAUCCUGCAUUCCCCUUCGUCACGAUUCACAAUGAGCUGGCUCAGAUACCCGAAGAGUUUGCAAGGCCACCGAUCGAUCCCGAAGCGCCGCAAGCGCCUGCGCAGACAGAUCGCUUGGAAGAAGAGCCUUUCGUCUUAUCAGCUGAAGCGCCCGUCCUGGUAGACCAUAUCGAAGCUGACACCACUCGAGAUACAAUGGCAUUGCAUAAAAUGCUCCCCUUCAACGGCGAACUACAAGAUACCAUGUCUCUCCCCCAUCUCACACAUGAAGGCGAUCUCAUCCAACCCUUCGCUCUCAGUGAUGUGAGGGACAAGUACGUGCCUUACUUCCGCGCAGCAAUAGGAGGUUGUCAAGGCGCCGACGCUUCUCGCGAGCGCGUCAUCAGUCUAGGCAAGACAGACGAUCUCUUCUGUUUACCCGGGAUUGAUGUGCGCUUUGCAGACGAGACGUAUCCCGCGCGAGCGGAUCAGGCGAAGAUCAUGGCGGAGGUAAUUGCCGACGUCACGGACGAUCCGGACAGGUAUCCGAUGCCGUUGCCGACGAGCACGAGUGUGGCUACAGCCGCGGUGAAAGUGAAGGUGAAGCCGACGGAUAAAUUGCUGGCUGAGGUGGAGACGGAGCAGCAAUUGCUCGCGGAGCAGAAGAAGCUUGACGUGACUUGA